CUUCCAACGCGUAAGGCACAUUUAAGGAAUGAACGGGAGAUUUGGGAGUCCAUUUGGGAUGCAUUCAUGAUGAAUUAAGUAUUUAGAAUAGUACAAGUGAAGGCUUGCUUGAUCGAAUGAAGAUGGAAACUUGGACAAAAUCGAGUGCCUACAGUUGGCGUUUUUUUAUUUUACUUCUGCUGAUGUUCACAAAUCAGGUUGCGGCGGAACUACGGUAUUCUGUUCCAGAGGAGGUAAAAGAAGCAACUCUGGUUGGAAAUAUUGCCAAGGAUCUUGGUCUGGAAAAAUCACAUUUAACUGGUCGAAAGAUGCGAAUUGCUUCCGGAUCUGAGGAUACGUUUUUCUUUGUUAACAAGGAUAACGGGGCCUUACAGGUUCGUAAAAAAAUUGACAGAGAGGAGCUUUGUCACGGUAGUGGCGCGUGCUUGGUGGAGCUUAAAAUUAUUGUCGAAAACCCGUUGGAGAUGCACCAUGUUGUUGUUGAAAACUCAGAUGUAAAUGAUCACUCCCCAAAUUUUACAAAAACAGAGCAACAUUUUCAAAUAGCUGAACAUACUUCUUUAGGAGCACGAUUCCAGCUGCAAGCGGCUCGUGACCCGGAUGCAGGAGUGAAUUCAAUCCGAACCUACGUGCUAUCCUCAAAUGAUUAUUUUGAUAUCGAUAUAAGCCAAAAUGAUGAAGACAAACGUCCAUUUUUAGUUCUAAAGAGGCAACUAGACAGGGAAAAAACGAAUAAACUAGGCUUGUUUGUAACAGCAAUAGAUGGAGGUAAACCUCCGCAAUCAGGGACACUUAAUGUUUCAGUCACUGUACUUGACAUUAACGAUAACCGUCCAUCCUUUGAUAAGGAGGUUUACCAGAUAGAGAUUUAUGAAAACGUCCCAGUUGGAACUAUUGUUACAAGAGUUAAUGCAACAGAUCCAGAUGAGGGAACAAAUGGAGAAAUUGAAUACAACAUUGCAAACAUAUUGGAACCUAAAAUAUAUAGUAUAUUCGAAUUAGAAAGCUCAAAAGGUCAAAUUAAAUUGAAAUCCAGACUGGAUUUUGAAGAAUCUGACAUCUACAAAAUUGACAUUGAAGCAUCAGACAAAGCAGCACCUCCUUUAACAGGAAGGUGUAGAGUAGAUGUAAAGAUUAAAGAUAUAAACGAUAACUCGCCAAUAAUAGAUAUUACAUCUUUAUCAAAUACUAUAUCAGAGGAUUCAAAACCAGGAACAGCGAUUUCUCUUAUCAGUGUAACAGAUAAAGACUCAGGAAUUAAUGGAAAAACUAUAAUGCACAUACUAAAUGAUGCACCUUUUGAAUUAAAGCCAUCCUAUAAAGAAAACAUUUAUUCGCUUGUUACAAAGGAGCAUUUAGAUCGAGUGGCAGUGUCUCAUUAUGAUAUACUUAUACAAGCAAAAGAUUACGAGGAUGGGAUUCAUGGCGACAACGAUGUGCACUGCUUACUGUUUGGGUUUGGCUUUCAUGUGUCAUCUCUGCCUCGGCGCAACUGA